AUGCCCAGCACCAUCUUGCCUUCGAUUCCCCAUUAUGUCCCAGCCCCUCCGACAAAGGAGGCGCUGGAGUAUGCGGAUCUAGCGGUCAUCGAUCUGUCUAAGGCCGACACGCCGGAGGGUCGCGCAAAGCUUGCUGUGCAGGUUCGCGAUGCAAUGACCGCCCAAGGGUUCUUCUAUGUCAUCAAUCAUGGAUACACACAGGCGCAGACCGAUCGUGCCUUCGACAUCGCCGACGUUCCGUUCUCUCUCGUUAGCGAUGAGGAGAAGCGUACGUAUGCAGGUAACAUCAAAGCAACUGGAUCAUACCAAGGAUACAAGCUGCGAAACUACUGGCACAUAGAUGGUGGGGUCUACGACCAAGUGGAGCAUUACAACAUCAACCGCGAUGUCACCGAGAAGCAACAUCCCAAAGCUCUCCGCCCUCUUCUUCCAGAGAUUGACGCGUUCGCUCGAUUCAAUCAUCACGAUGUCCUCCAUCCUAUUCUCAGACUCUUCGCACUAGGAUUGGAGCUUCCUGAGGAUACCUUCGUGAACAAUCAUGGAUUCUCCGCUGUGGGGGAAACAUAUGUGCGAUACAUGAAAUAUUACCCUCGUUCCGAAGAUGAGGAGACCAAAACUAAGAACGUGUGGUUGAAGGGACACACAGACUUCGGAAGUGUGACGAUUUUGUGGAGUCAACCGGUGACUGCACUCCAGAUUCUUUCUCCGGAUGGUAAGUGGCGCUGGAUAAGGCAUGUAGACAACGCCAUUGUGAUCAACGCAGGAGACAUGAUGGAGUUCCUUUCUGGCGGGUUCUACAAAGCUACCAUCCACCGCGUCAUUCAGCCGCCCGCCGACCAGCGUGGCUACACCCGGGUUGGCGUAUUCUACUUCGUCAUGCCAAAUGACGACGUGAAGCUGAUCCCGUACGCGGAGAGCCCUGUGCUUCAGAAGCACGGUAUAAUUCGACGUGUCCCCGAUGCAGACGCCCCGACCACGGAGCAAUGGCGGAAGGGACGGACGAGCGCGUAUGGCCAGACCGAGCUGCGGGACAAGGGCAACGGCGUGGAGGAAGAGAUUAUCGGCGGGGUUGUCGUGAAGCAUUACAACUGA